GUCAAAACUGUCAUUUUUAUAUAGAAAAAAAAAUAUUCAUUCCACUUCUAAAAAUUUUCAUAUUUUAAAGGAGCUAAAGGUUCUUUCAUUUUUUUAGAGAUCAAGAAUUGGCCAUGGAUGUAGAAGGAAGAGGCACUCUGAAUAUCGAACAAGGUCAAGAAAAGGGUACCCAGAACAAUGAUUCUGGGCUGGCUACUGCUCAUACUAUUGAUAGUGAUUCGUGGAAACAAGUGGGGUUGAUGCUGGUGACAACCUUCAACUGUGGGUGGAUAUUGAGUUUUUCCAAUCUGAUCAUGUGGCCACUGGGUUGGACUUGGGGUAUCAUAUGCCUUCUUCUUGUGGGUCUCUACACCGCCUAUGCAAACUGGCUCUUGGCAGCAUUUCAUUUCGUUGAUAAUCGCAGAUUCAUUAGAUACAGAGACCUUAUGGGAUAUGUUUACGGUAAGGGUAUGUACCACAUCACCUGGGUUUUCCAGUUUUUGACCCUUCUUCUUGGAAAUAUGGGUUUCAUCCUCCUAGGCGGCAAGGCACUAAAGGAAAUCAACUCGGAAUUUAGCGAUUCUCCCUUGAGGCUCCAAUACUACAUAGUGAUAACAGGAGCAGCUUACUUCUUGUAUUCAUUCUCCAUCCCAACAAUGUCUGCCAUGAAAAAUUGGUUGGGAGUUUCUGCGGGGCUCACCUUCACAUAUAUAGUAUUUCUUCUCUUUGUUUUAGAAAAGGAUGGGAAAUCAAAUUCGAACAGGGAUUUCGAUAUCAGUGGCAGUCAAGUGAGUAAGGUGUUUAAUUCCUUUGGUGCCAUUUCUGCUAUCGUUGUCGCCAACACCAGUGGCUUGCUCCCGGAGAUACAGUCCACUCUACGUAAGCCAGCAGUGAAGAACAUGAGGAAGGCCUUGUAUUUACAAUAUACAGUGGGAGUUGUGUUCUACUAUGGUGUUCUCGUAAUGGGAUAUUGGGCUUAUGGAUCAGCGGUGUCGGCAUACCUUCCUGAAAACCUAAGUGGUCCCAAAUGGAUUAAUGUUCUCAUCAAUGCCAUCGUCUUUUUGCAGUCCAUCGUCUCCCAACAUAUGUUUGUGGCUCCAAUUCUGGAGGCGUUGGACACAAAGUUCCUAGAAAUCGACAUGCCAAUGCAUUCAGGGGAGAACUUAAAGCGCUUAUUUCUCCUACGUGCGUUUUUCUUUACUGGGAACACCUUCGUUGCUGCAGCAUUUCCUUUUAUGGGUGACUUUGUAAACUUUCUCGGCUCAUUUUCUCUCAUUCCUCUGACAUUCAUGUUCCCCAGCAUGCUCUUCAUCAAGGUGAAGGGAAGAACGGCUAGCAUAGAGAAGAAGGCGUGGCACUGGUUCAACAUUGUUUUUUCUUUUCUUCUCACAAUAGCAACCACGAUUUCAGCAGUUCGGUUGAUAGUUGACAACAUCCAAAAGUAUCAUUUCUUUGCAGAUGCAUGAUGCCUCAUCUCAAUCUCACGUAUGCCUUCAUUUCACUUAAAAUUAGGUAUGCAGAAAUUAAAUAUAAAUAAUUGGUGAACUUCAAUAGUUAAAAAAAAAAUUAUCGAAUGAAUAAAAUAUUUAUAUCUUUAUUUCCCAACCAAA